AUGUCUGCCUCCAUAGAAAAAGAACAACCCUUUGCGAGCCCGGCAGAGUACGCGACGCUCACCCGCGAUGGCGCUCAGAGAACUUCGCAAAUUGAUUCCAAGCGCUCCGAAGAUGCCGCAAGCACAUCCGACGACCAGAGCGAUCUGGGCAGCGACAAGCACAUCUUUUCAGAUCCUGCUGUAGCUGCAAAAUGGGCCGCAGUGUACGAAGAGUCCAAGUACGAGUGUCGUCAUCGCUUCGAUCCGCACCUCACGUGGGACGCCGAAGAGGAGCGCAAGCUGGUGCGCAAGCUCGACAUUAGAAUCAUGCUCUUCAUCUGGGUCCUGUUUAUGAGCCUCGAUCUCAUCCGCCGCAACAUCAAUCGCGCCUUGCCCGACAAUUUCCUCAACGACUUGGGCAUCACUACCGACGACUUUAACAACGGCCAAGUCAUUUACUUUGCUAGUUUCCUGUUCAUGGAGCUGCCCUCUGGACUGAUCAGCAAGCGACUGGGCGCCGACAUUUGGAUCCCCGUGCAGAUCGUCGUCUGGAGCAUCGUCUGCUCAGCUCAAGCCGGUCUCACCAACAAGGUCUCCUUCUUCCUCACGCGCGCCUUCCUCGGCGCAGCGCAAGGCGGCUUCAUCCCAGACGCGUGCCUGUACCUGUCCUACUUUUACACCAGCGCCGAACUCACCACUAGGCUCAGCUGGUUCUACACCGUGCUCGGCAUCAGCCAGAUCCUAGGAAGUUUCCUGGCCGCUGCCUUCAUCGAGCUUCGAGGCUGGCACGGUCUGGCGGGUUGGCAGUACCUCUUCGCCUUUGAGGGUCUCAUCACUGGCGUCGUCGGCAUCUUUGCAUUCUUCUGGAUGGUUCCCAGCGUCACUGCCUCCAAAGGCUGGCUCCGCGGCAAGAAUGGCUGGUUCAACGAGCGCGAGGAAAAGAUCCUUGUCAAUAGGGUGCUUCGUGACGACGCUACCAAGGGCGACAUGAACAACCGUCAAGCCGUGGACUGGAAGGGCCUCUGGCGCGCUCUCGGCGAAAAGGACUUGUGGCCGAUCUACCUGCUUGGUCUGGUCAUCUACAUUCCCUUCCAACCCCCUCAAACGUACCUCUCCCUGACGCUGCGCAACCUCGGUUUCAGCGUCCUGCACUCCAAUCUCCUCGCAAUUCCCUCGCAAUUCCUCUUUGCCGUCAAUUGCCUUUGGCUCUCUUGGUUGGCGCGCCGCUACAACGAGAGGAGCCUCAUCGCCGUCUUUUCGAACGUGUGGACGCUACCCCUGCUCAUCGCGCUCCGUGCCAUCCCACACCUCAAAGACUCGUACUGGUCUUGGGUGCGCUACGCUCUCCUCACCCUCGUCGCAUCCUUUCCCUACUGCCACCCCACGCUCAUCAGCUGGCUCUCGCAAAAUUCAAAGUCGGUCAGAAACAGAGCAGUGGCGGUCUGCUUGUACAACAUGUCCUACCAAGUCGGCAGCAUCUUUGCCACGCGCAUCUUUGCCGAAAACGACAAGCCCUACUACCCCAAGGGAUUCACCGCUCUCAUUGUCAUUUGCGCUUUCGCAAUCGUCCAGGCGUUCGCCACCAAGGCUUACUACAUUUGGCGCAAUCGAUCCAAGCAGGCAGAAUGGGCCAAACUCACUGCAGACGAGAGGAUCGAGUAUACGCUUCACAACAAGGAGGAUGGAGGCAGGCGUCUCGACGUCCGUCUCGUCCACUAA